AUGAAUCUAACAUUUUGGGACAAUGAAAACCGAGAUCUGAGCCAAAGCUCUCUCACUAUUCGAGUGUUAAAUCCAUUACAAGAACAAGAGCUCUUUGUCAAUCUGUUUGGCGCAUUUGCAGGACAAAAAUGGCUACCAUAUUGUACCAUGGUGGGCUGUGCUUCCAAUGCCUCUCAAUGUGUUAGACUCGGGGGUAAAGAAAUGUUUAAUACGAUAUCCAUUGACGGCUAUACUCAGGCAUAUUUCAAGAGUCUAUACACACUCGACAACACAUUCCUAUCGAUAAAUUGCCAUAAAAUAUUGAUUCCCUGUUGUUUCCCAAAACCAAUGGACAAAGAGAAGCCCAUGUCAUCAGUUUUAUCGUCGUUUCCAUUCAAAAUGCCUUCUCUUCCGACUCUUUCAGACAUAUUAGGACUUAAAAGCCAUUCAUUGAUCGGAAAAUUGAUUUCAUUGAUUCCGGAUUUGCCGCCAAUGACUUUAUUUAGUGAAUGCGAUCGGACUGUGGGGUCGGGAGUGGCCGCCUGUUUGCAGUACUUCUCUCCCAUUCAAUUUGUCACCGAUUUCUUAAAUGGUAAUAAGGAUUCUCUUUGUUGCACUCAUUUCCGACACAACGCGUGCAUUCAAGGGGUGAGAGAUGCCGCUCACUUGGCCAAAGUGGCCAAUCUAUGCCCGGACUCGGUCUCUGAUGAGUUGAUCUCUACUCUAACCGACUCUACUGUCAACAGUUACAUAACAAAGUCAUGCAAAUCAUUCAACGCUGGAAAGUGUGUUAUGGAUUCAGUGGGAGAUGUCGUCCAAACCAUUCAAGGAUUCUUCACUCCUAACCAACAGAAACCAGUUAUUACUCAAAUCAUUGAAAGAACUCCACAACUAUUUAACACAAAUAGCGGCGCAAACGUCUAUACAAGUGAUAUCCCAUAUAAUAGAAACUCAAACCUAAACCCAAACCUCAAUCGAAAUACCUAUAACUCAGACAACAGUUUUGUAAUGAAUCCGUUUCGAGAGAUUAUUAACAGAGGGAUCAAUAGACAGCCUAAUAGAGUGCCUAAUAGAGAGAUUAUCCCAGAAGUGGUGAGACCAGCAGAAAACCCGUUAAUUAAUAAGUCUAUUCGCGAUCUAUUGGAUCGUCAGUACAUACCCGAGGCUUCAGACGUUAAACCAACAAAAGAAUUGUUGGAUCAAAACCAGACCACAGGCGCACUGACCACACGACCCAUCACUUCAUUAUUUGGCGAAUUAUUGAAUACAAAACAAGAGAGACCUAAAGAAGAGAAAUCAAAAGAAGACAACGAAUCAGAUAUUUCAUCAAUAUUUGGCUCUUUUGGAGAUUUGUUUGGUUUGGAUAAUCAGAGGGUUAGAAAUGAUACGAGAAAUGGGCCCAAAAUGCAACCCUUUUUUGCAAAUUUCUUCGGAAUGAAUGAAUCUGAGAAUCAGACUAUAGUUAGAGAUAUAACCGAUUCUUUCAAUUAA